AUGGCGUCUAGGUUUCUGAUCGUCUUGUAUGCGUUGUCUCUCUUCUUCGUCCUCGCCGCUUCGACGAGGCAAUACCCACGCCAAGAAAAAGUCUUUGACGUCAGAGACUACGGUGCUUACGGCGACAGCAAAAGAGAUAACGCCGUUGCGUUUACAAAGGCGUGGAACGAUGCUUGCCAAUGGAGUAGUGGAAGAUCAACGGUCUAUAUUCCUGCCGGAAUAUUCUAUGUCAGUCAAGUAACGUUCACCGGUCCUUGCAAAAACUUUAUUACUUUUAUUGUCACAGGAACGUUACUAGCUCCUAAGAAUCCUGACUACAUCAAACAAGAAGAGUGGAUACUUUUCAAGUACGUCGAUAACCUCACCGUCACUGGCGGCGGGUUACUUGACGGCCAAGGAUCAUAUUCUUGGCCACUCAAUGAUUGUAACAAGAACCCUAGCUGUCGUACGCUAGCUAUGAACAUUGGGUUUGCGUUCGUUAGAUUCUCGAGGAUCAACGGCCUAAGAUCUAUCAACAGCAAAAUGGGUCAUUUCAACUUCUUCUCAGUCGAGGAUUUUAACAUUACAGGCGUUACCAUCACUGCCCCCGGAGAUAGCCCUAAUACCGACGGAAUCAAGAUCGGGAAAUCUAACCAUAUGCAUAUCUUCAACGUCACUAUUGGAACCGGCGACGAUUGUAUCGCAAUCCUUGACGGAACCAGCAAUUUAGAAAUCUCUGAUGUCAGAUGCGGACCAGGGCACGGGAUUAGUGUAGGGAGCCUAGGGAGAUACAAAGACGAGAAGAACGUUCAGGGAUUAACCGUCAGAGACUCGAUAUUCAACGGUACAACCGACGGUUUACGUAUCAAAACAUGGGCUAAGUCGGUUUCGGAGAUCUCGGUUUCAAAUUUCUUGUACGAGAAUAUCCAAAUGAUCAAUGUUGGAAACCCUAUCAUCAUUGACCAGCAGUACUGUCCACACGGGCAAUGUGAUAGUCCUGGCAAGUAUGCGUCUCAUGUUCAGAUCAAAGAUGUCAAGUACCACAAAAUUUGGGGGACUUCGACUAGCAAAGAGGCUUUGAAGAUGCAAUGUAGUAAAACGUUUCCUUGUCAAGACGUUGAGCUCUCAGACAUCAACUUGAGUUACGUUGGAAGCGACGGGCUAGUCUCGGCUUUGUGUGAGAACGUUGGUGGUUCGAUCCGUGGCAAGAUUGUGCCGGCAAAUUGCGAGAUUUGA